AUGAAAAUUUUUAACACAAUCAAUCCUCCAAUUGGGGAAACAACUUACACACCUUUAAUCAAUUCAUACAUAGAUAAUGAAAUACAAUCAAAAAAGAAAAUAUUUCCACAAAAAAGUCUCGUUCAAAAGGUUAUUGAAGAUAUCAUGCCAAUAAGAAAAGUUUCAUGUGCUGUUGAUUAUGCAUCUGCUAUUGGUGCAACAAUACCAAGAGCAAAUCAAGAUCAAUUGUAUCAAAUUUUUGAAAAAUAUGCUUCCGUUGUAAAAAAUGACAAAAAGUAUAUGACAGCAGAUGAUUUUAUUAGAAAAUUUUUGCGUUUAUAUACUGAUAAUAAUUAUAAUAGAGAAACUGUUAGACUUCUUGCAACAGCAGCUGAUACCAGUAAAGAUGGUUUAAUAUCAUUUGAAGAAUUUAGUUCUUUUGAAUCAUCAUUAUGUCAACCUGAUGCAUUAUAUUUAACAGCAUUUGAAUUAUUUGAUAAUAAUGCAUCAGAAAGUAUAACGUGUGAUGAAUUUGAAAAAAUUAUCCGUCAUACAACACCUCUCCUUGAACUUGAUUUUGAUUUUAAUAGUGAUUUUAUUAAAAGAUAUUUUGGUAGUGAUAAAAAAAGACAAUUAGGAUAUCAUCCAUUUUGUCAAUUAUUACAUGAUUUUUAUGAAGAACAAGGUAUACAAGCAUUCAAGAAAUUUGAUAAACGUAGUGAAGGAUCUAUAUCAUCACAAGAUUUUUUUACUAUUAUGACAACUAUUAAAGGUCAUCUUUUAACAGAGUUCGUUCGCAAUAACCUUAUCUCUGUAGCAUCUGGUAAUAGUAGUGCUCAUAAAGUUAGAUAUGCUUUUUAUGCUGCUUUCAAUUCAUUAUUAUGUAAAAUGGAACUUAUUAAAAGAGUUUUUUUAUCACUUGCUCGUGGUAAUUUACAAUUAGAAGUAUCAAAAGAAGAAUUUCUUCAAGCAACACAAUCAUAUGCUCAAAUAACACCAUAUGAAGUUGAAAUAUUAUAUCAUCUUGCUGAACUUGCUCAUCCUGGUAGAGGUACAUUAUCAAUUGAUGAUAUAGAAAAAAUUGAUCCAGAAAGAUUGAAACGUGUUACAUAUAUUUCAAGACUUGCCACAUAUCAAGUAGUUGAAAAUAAAGAAGAAAGAGGUAUAGGUACAGCAGCUUUAGAAAGUUUGUAUCGUUUUGUCAUGGGUUCAGUUGCUGGUGCUUGUGGUGCCACAGCUGUAUAUCCAAUUGAUCUUGUUAAAACAAGAAUGCAAAAUCAACGUAAUGUUGGAAUGGUUGGAGAAGUUGCCUACAAAAAUAGUUUUGAUUGUUUUAAAAAAGUCGUAAAAUUUGAAGGUAUCCUUGGUUUAUAUCGUGGUUUAUUACCACAAAUUGUUGGUGUUGCACCAGAAAAAGCCAUUAAAUUGACAGUUAAUGAUUUUGUUCGUGAUAAAUUUACUGAUAGUGGUCAUAUACCAUUAUAUGGUGAAAUUAUUGCUGGUGGUUGUGGUGGUGGGUGUCAAGUAGUUUUUACAAAUCCAUUAGAAAUUGUCAAAAUUCGUCUUCAAGUUGCAGGAGAAAUACCUAAUUCAGCUAAAAAGAUUAAUGUAUUUACUGUUUUAAAAGAUUUAGGUUUCUUUGGUCUUUAUAAAGGAUCACGUGCCUGUUUUUUGAGAGAUAUACCUUUUUCUGCAAUAUAUUUUCCUACUUAUGCUCAUGCAAAAUUAAACCUUGCUGAUGAUCAGGGACAUAAUAGUCCUGGAAGUUUAUUUGCUUCUGCUUUUAUAGCUGGUGUUCCUGCUGCUGCUUUAGUUACUCCAGCAGAUGUUAUUAAAACCAGACUUCAAGUAGCUGCUAAAGCUGGUGAAACAACUUACAAUGGUGUAAUAGAUUGCUUUAAAAAGAUUAUCAAAGAAGAAGGUCAAAGUGCUUUAUGGAAAGGAACUGGUGCUCGUGUUUGUAGAUCUAGUCCACAAUUUGCUGUUACCUUAUUGACAUAUGAAUUAUUACAAAGAUUAUUUUAUGUUGAUUUUGGUGGAAACAGGCCAUCAGGUUCUGAAGUUCCUGUUAAUACAACACUUCGUGAUGAACAAUCAAUGAAUCCAGAUCAUAUUGGUGGUUACCGUUUAGCUGCUGCAACAUUUUCUGGUAUUGAGCAUAAAUUUGGUCUUUUCCUUCCAAAAUUCGAAGUAAAAAAAUAA